AUGCAGUCAUCCAGAGCUCCCGAAAGACCCAAGGCGCUGAAUUGGAGCUCCUCGCCGCCUCUGGCAGUCUUUGUCCGCAACCUGCAGCUCUUGCAACUGGAUCGACACGAUGACUGGCCAAGCAUCACCGUCCGCUCCUUGUCUCACUCGUCGCAGAACCAACGCCAGCGAGUCAAGGCCAUUGAAUGGGCUCUGUAUCAGUUGGUGGCCAUCUGGGACCCGGAAACCGCUCGGGAUAAACUUCGCCCCUUUUUUCCACCGUUAGAACCACUCCAGUCUGUCAAUCUACGCGCAGCCUUGUUUCGGGUGCUGUCCGAAUUGAAGAAGAACGGGGAACUGGGUCGGGAGACUAUACUUCGGAAGUCUAUGCUGGAGAACUGCAAAGGGGACAAAUUUGACGAGUUCCUGGCUGGCUUUUCCACUGCCGUCUUGCGCAAGUCCCUGGUGGAUUCUUCGGAUGACGGCUUGCAGAACCCUGCCGUCAAAAUGUCAAUGUCUCAGGGACUCACUAGCGAAGAGCACCAGAAUGCACUUUCUCUCAUUCUGGCACAUCGUGUAUCUCUUAGAUCAAUGGGAGAGAGUCGCGAGCGAGUCCAGAGCACCGACGAGAAGUUCACGGAGUUGUUGGACCGCAAAAACAGUCAACUGGACUCUCGAUCCGAGGAACAUCCACCUAUGGACCCCGACGAAGGGACCAACUUGGACAGUCUGACGCGAGAUAUCAAGGCGAACUGGUUUGGAAGUGCUGAAUGGUUGGACACCUUGCUCUACGGUGGAGCCCGUCACAGAAACGAUGCGUUCCUGGAACUUCCGUUUGACGCUGCAUGGUCCAAGGCCAAUGAGUCCACUGUGGAGGAUCUCAGCACGUGCGCCACCCCGGAUCUCCUGGUCGACUUGGAGUCUCGGGUUUCAGUGCAGCGGGCGCGAUUAAACCGAUGGCGUCAAUAUGGGAGCUCGAUGCAGAACCACGAGCAUGUAAAAUCAUCGCAGUCAUCGAAGGACUGCCCAAUUGUAUUUCGGAAUCAUCAGCCACUGACAGUCGCGAGCAUCUCCAAAGCCGUUCGACAGUCAGUGGAGCGGGUCUCUCCCAAAGCAGAAGACCGUUCACUGCUCUUCUCCCUGUCCGAAGCACUCGCCCGCAUCAACGGCACUCCGCACAUGCCCGGAAGAACAGCCGCGUGGCGAGAAACAGGCCCCCGUAUGCCUACCGAGCGCGAGGCCUCUGAGCCACCAAAAGUGAUGCCAUCGCCUCCGCCAGUCUCCGAGACCACCACGAGCCAGGAGGAAUCGACUUCCUACGGCGAUACAUAUCAUCCAAAGGAGGACAUCUCAUCGACACCCUCUCCUGUCGUGCAGGUCUUCCCCGACCCGGACCCGGAACCGCCCACGGACAGGAACACUCACACAUACACGCUGGUGGAACGGACCCGCAAAUCCAUGUCCCUACUUCCACCUCCCCAGUCUCGAUCUCGCGAGAGCUAUCAUCACCGCUCACGCCAAUCCCGGAAGUCCUUCCCCGUGAACCAGUUUGAGACACCUCAGAAACAGUCCGUCUCCGCAUACCACGUCGGCCGUGUAUCCACUCCGCAAGACGAGCUCUUUAAAGAGGAAGCUGACUACGCUAGCGUCUUCAAGUCCCGGCCGCGCGUCGCUCACAGUCCCAUCGCCUCGCCGGCAGUGCAUUUCAGUCCUGUGGAUGAAUUUGAUCUCGGUAAUGGAGAUCCAAGCAUGAAAGGAGAGUAUGAUUUGGCGGGUGUGGAGUCGCCCCUGUAUAGACAACGACCGUAA